AUGCAAAAACAAUUAUUCUAUCAUGAAUCUGAUCUCUUUCCGUAUGAACCUAUUUCUCCUAUUUUGAUGGUUAUUUAUUCAUUAUCAUCUUUUUGGUUUUUUACUAUACUUAAUCAAACUAUCAAACGCAGAAACAUCGAUAAAACAAACUGGUUAAAACACAACAUAUUACUUAGUUGUAUCCAUGCUGCUAUUUGUUCAGUGCUCUUGACCAUUAGUGUUCUUCGAGAACCAAACAUUUUUCAGGAUCCAUUAUCACAUUCAAAUCAUUUCAACUAUGCACUAGUUGCAUUUACGACAGGUUAUUUUCUGUACGAUUUAAUUGAUUGUAUUCAAAAUUCAACAUCAUCAACAAUUGCAUUCCUAAUUCAUCAUAUUCUUGUUAUGAUAUUUUUUAUUCAUGUUCUUUUUCAUACGCGUAAUCUUGGCUAUGCUGUAUAUGGUCUUUCUAUUGAAAUAAAUAGUUUUUUCCUACAUGCUCGACGACUCUUUCGUUGGUAUUCGCCAAUAUUAACAUCGACGUACUUAAAUAAUCUACUUCAAAUAUGUAUUGACAUUGGUAAUUAUGUAACAUUUAUAUUAUUUCGUUUUGGUAUUGUUAUUGUUGGUUUACGUGCAUUGUAUAUUCAACGAAAUCGCCUUAAUCCAAUCGUACAUGCAUUUACAGUUAUAAUUACUGCGGCUAUGGGCAUUUUGAAUAUUGUUCUUUUCUAUCGUCUAGUCAAGGGGCAUUUUAUGAGAAAAUUAAAAGUAAAACAAAUCGAAGAUCAAAGUUUGACGAUAAAUAAUCCGAUUUUACUGCCAAGUUAA